CUCAUUGCAGACCUCCUCUGACAAGGAGUCCAUCCUGACCAUCCUCAAGGUCCUCGGAGAUCUUCUUUCUGUUGGCACAGACCGGAGGAUUCACUACAUGAUCAGCAAGGGUGGCAGUGAGGCUCUUCUGCAGACCCUGGUAGACACAGCGAGGACAGCUCCUCCAGACUAUGACAUCCUCCUGCCUCUCUUCCGGCUGCUGGCCAAAGUUGGCCUAAGAGAUAAAAAGAUUGGACGGAAGGCCCUGGAACUGGAAGCACUUGAUGUCACCUUGAUUCUGGCCAGGAAGAACCUAUCCCAUGGCCAGAACCUCCUUCACUGUCUCUGGGCUCUGCGUGUGUUUGCCUCCAGUGUCUCCACGGGAGCCAUGCUGGGAAUUAAUGGAGCCAUGGAACUGCUUUUCAAGGUUAUUACUCCUUACACCCGAAAACGCACCCGAUCAAUCAGGCCUUUGCUGCUGACAUCUGCAGCGUCAACAUGUUCUUUGGUCACCAAUCUGUGACCUUUCCGCCCUAUCCACAAGGCUUCUUCUAAUGUGAUGCUGUCAUAAUUCAGCUGUUCAGAAGAUCAGGAAUGUCUGGCUUCUU